UUGAAGAAGAAGACAACGAAGAAGAAGCAGAAGUUGCUAUAGCCAGUGUUUACGAUUGAGAGAUUGUUGGGCAGAACUACGUGAACAUGUCCCUGAUGGACUUGGGGAAGCGGCUUCUAGAAGCUGCGCGGAAUGGCGAGGAUGAAGAAGUGAGGACGCUUAUGGCAAAUGGCGCCCCUUUCACCACUGACUGGCUGGGAACCUCCCCACUGCAUCUGGCUGCGCAGUACGGUCACUGCUCUACAGCUGAGGUACUGCUGAGAGCAGGCGUCAGCAAGGACGCCCGAACCAAGGUUGACAGGACCCCGCUGCAUAUGGCUGCCACAGAAGGCCAUGAGCUCAUUGUGGAUUUAUUGAUCCGGAAUGGAGCUGACAUCAAUGCCAAAGACAUGCUGAAGAUGACUGCUCUGCACUGGGCCACUCAGCACGGCCACCACAAAGUCGCCCAGCUGCUUAUCAAGCACGGAGCUGAUGUUCACGCGCUCAGCAAGUUUGACAAGUCAGCCUUUGACAUCGCUGUGGACAUCCAGAACGCUGAACUCGUGAACCUGCUUCAGGAUGGGAUGCAGCAGCAGGUGAACAGGAAUGCAGAAGCCUCCAUUACCAGUGGAAACCCCCCGCCCCAGUUCAUCAUCCGUGGGGUCCACGGGCCUCAGGCUGGAGUCAUCAGCCUCAGCAACCUCGUCAAACCCACCUCGGGAAACACAGAAGAUGCCAUAGCGGUCAGUGCCUUGGACACCGGAAUCCAGCAGUCAGUUAAUGAAGCUGGUCAAAGGGUCAUUACCAUAGUGACAGAUCAGCAAGGUCACCUACAGACCAGACUUGGCCAGCCAGUGUUUGUCACAAUGCAGAAUGGGAGGCAAGUAUUAGCGGUUCCAGCCGGCCAGUUUAUAGAGGAAGGAGUGGAAGAUGAUGACGAGCCCCCUGCCCGCAGGAGGAAGACUGAAGUCUUGUCAAAUCGUGUUGAAGCAGGUGACAUGGAGGAGCUCCAACGGCAGCUGCAGGAAGCAAACCGGACGGCCCAGGCCUACCGUGAGCAGCUCCUCCGCAAGGAGCAGGAGGCUGAGGACUACCGCAGACAGCUGGAGGCCACAGCCCAGGCCAACGGCACCGCCUUGGCAGGCGGAAGAAUGGUGGUGCAAGAGGAGGUGUAUGUCGAGGAUGCUGCACAGGUGCAGGGGGAGGAGGAGGUGUUGUUGCUCUCGGACGGUGAUGUGGUGUUUAGUACAGAAGAGAUCGAUUCCACGGAAGAUCAGGACACUGUGUCUGUUAACAGCAAGGUUUUGUCAUAGCAGAUUAACCUCUGGACUCAAAGCUCAGGGGAAGAAAGAUUGCAUCAGCACUUUCUCCCAUGUUUCUCCUCCUUUUUUUGCCAGGUGGAUUUCCCCCCACCCCCCCUUUUUUUUACAUUUUUUUUGUUCUUUGUUUUUGUUUUUAGCUAAAGUUCAAGAAUCAGCUUCAUAAUGUGACGUGUCUCAAAUGCACGUGUGCCAAAGAAAGACUUCAUUAGCUGGACCGAACUGGGUUUUUUUUUUUUUUUUUGUAAUGCCUGGAAUUUGUCCAAUUCAACUGGAAACCAUAUGGAAGUGUGAGGGAGAGUUUCACAUAAUAAGGAAACCCUAAAGGCUCACAGACAGGACUCGUUAUGCUGUCGGAGCUCUCCUUAUGUUGCUCUACCCUGGUCUUGUAUGACCUUGUAUUUUGUGACUUUUCCUUUUUUAGUAAAACAAUCCCAUGAAUUUUUAAUUUUUAUAUAGUCUGUUUCAUAGAAGCAUUUAAAAACAGUCUUAAAUUUUUCCCAUCCAUUUCAAUAUUUUUCUUAGUUACCCAGGAUAAUUCAAUAUAAAAAGUGCCUUUUCUUUGUAAGGAUUGCAUUGCUAUGACUUUGUACCAGGGCUGAUCAACUGUAUUGAGAACACUCCACUUUUUACAGCAUAAAUUUACAAAACCACCUCUGCUACAUAUUAAGACUGAACACGGAUUUUUGUAUGGUCGCUGACUUGAUCUCACUCCAAUCACUGCUCUGAGACUGCAUAAUAAACUUUUAUGAACCAUCAUAACCCCACACAGGAAAUCGCUUUUACACAUUCCAUGUUCAGUGUCCUGGAUCUGUGCUCUAAUCCCCUCUGAAAUGUUCUUGGCUUUCCUCUGUACCUUCAGUGAACAGAGCUGACCACUAUCUAGGUUAUUGCUUUAAAAAACUGCAUAUUUAUUGUUUUUGCCAUCAUAUACAUGCAGUUGUAUUGUGGUGUAAAAUGAAUAAAAACUGUCACCCAUCUCAUCUCA